AGGUCGAGUGGGAAUCCCCCUAAAAUGGAGGCAAUACAUGGGAAUGCACGUAGUGCCGUGCACACUUUCGCUCUACUCCUCCCUUCUGCCCUCCCUCGUCUCGUCUUCUGCCUAGCAGCAGCUAGCAAGUUCGCUUCACGCUUCCCCAUCGCUAGCUUCGUCGUUCAACUCGAAACACCCCGCAGCCGCUGGUCAUUGUACGAGGCUUUAAGCUGCAAACUGCGCGAUCGAAAGCUCUCGGUUCAACGCGGGAACUUUUGCAACCAAAGCGCGCGCCUCACAUCAGCCAGUGAUCGUGACGUAGUUAUUGACAAAUCUUUAUUUUCGCUUUGCGCUGCAUUUGAUGUCACCCGAGCUCUAGUCGCGCGCUGUCUGCACAGGUUCUCCUGCUGCAAGAGGACUCUUAGAAGUGUGCGAGGACACGUCACAGUGCGAUGAAAGGAAUGCAGGGAAAGCAGGAGGGAUGAGAAAGCGUUUCAAGUAAAAGAAGACUUGCAUCACCAUAAAGUGCCUCAUCUGGAUGCUGCGGAAGCCCUCCUCUGUGUCCGCACUCCCGUCCUGGCUGGUCUCUGCUUCGGAACGCUCUUUUCCCCGCUGACUUGAGCGUGCGUGUGCGCUUGGCCUUGGCUCGGGCUAUAUUUCACCCUGACAGUCAAUCAACCCAUUUGCCUGUUCCUCGAUUCCAACUUUGCCUGCUCGCCGUUUCACCUUAUAACACAAGGACGCCAGUCGAUUAGUUUCCCCUUUGGGUUCUCAAAGUGUUUCUCCCCUCACUUCUGCAGUCUCUCCAUCCCUUGCGACCCAGACAUGCGAGCAUCUUUAGGGACUGCUGCGGCUAUGGCAACAGGGCAGGGGGUUUCAGAAGCCUAAAAUUAGAGAGAGUCCGUUUUACAUCAAUGCAAGAGAGAGCUCCGGAGGGUGAGUCUAGACAGUGGGACGACCACUGCAGACAAAUAGAAAGUGCCGCUCUACUCUACUUUUAAUGCCUUGUUUUCCUGGACGGCAGCCGAAGAUGCACCGCAGCAUGUUACAGUGACCUACCCCACCUCAGCACUCUCGAUCCAUCGCUCUCCCUACCUGACUUUAAACUAUUCUCAUAUUUUCAUCAUACUUACCCUUUGGUUACUCACCAGACUAUGCCCCCUUCCUGUCAAUAAGAGAGUUUGGUUUUCAUCUCUAGACUGGUAGUCUGAGGAUCUCCUCGCCACUGUGCUCCUUUUUUUGCAGCCUUUGUGCUUUAUCACGCCUGGCUGCCCCACCCUACCCCAGCCCUCCGCUCACCCGCCACUCGCCGAAGGACCGCCAUGGCCGUCAAUGUGACCAUGGGCCGUGACACCAAGUGGCUGACGCUGGAGGUGUGCAGAGAGUUCCAACGAGGAACCUGCUCGCGCUCGGACACCGAAUGCAAGUUUGCUCACCCCUCUCGCACGUGCCACGUGGAGAACGGCCGCGUCAUCGCCUGUUUCGACUCGCUCAAGGGACGCUGUACACGUGAUAACUGUAAGUACCUGCAUCCUCCACCUCAUCUCAAGACCCAGCUGGAGAUAAACGGCAGGAACAACCUGAUCCAGCAGAAGACCGCAGCCGCCAUGCUGGCCCAGCAGAUGCAGUUCAUGCUGCCUGGAGCUCAGCUGCAGCCCAUCACCUCUUUCCCAGUUACGCCUUCCUUGGCCAACAGUCAGAGCAUGGCUUUCAGCCCAUACCUGAGCCACAUGAGCCCGGGCAUCAGUCUCAUGCCCGAGCUUCUGCCCAGCGCCCCCGUGCUGGUCCCGGGGAGCCCCACCGGCAUGGCCAUGGGCAAUGGAAAUUCAACGCAGAAACAUGUUCGCACAGACAAACUUGAGGUGUGUCGAGAAUUCCAGCGAGGAAACUGCACGCGUGGGGAGAACGACUGCCGCUACGCCCACCCAAUGGAAACCGCUAUGGUGGAUGGCAGUGAGAACUCCGUCAUAGUUUGCAUGGAUUACAUCAAGGGCCGCUGCACCCGAGACAAAUGCAAGUACUUUCACCCUCCGGCUCACUUACAAGCCCGGAUAAAGGCGGCGCAGCACCAAGCCAGCCAGAAUGCUGCUGCCAUGGCACUCCCACCAGGAGCCAUGCAACAGCUACCAAAGAGACCGACCCUGGAGAAGACUAACGGUGCGGCUGCCGUCUUCAACCCCAGCAUGUUCCACUACCAGCAGGCUUUGGCCAGCAUGCAGCUGCAGCAGCCAGCGUUCAUUCCCACAGUAGACGCCGCCGAGGUACUGAGCGCCGACCCCAUCGACCUCCAGUGCGUUCCCAUGGAGGCCCAUUUCUGCCCCGUUCCUAAACUCCUGGUGGCCGCGCCUAUGACGCUGAAUCCAGUAAGCCUCUCCCGCAAUCCUACAACCUAAUCAGGCCCAUCACUCAUGCAACGUGUGCCCAAACACAACAGAAAAUUGAAUGCAACAAACAUGUGCCUAAUCAGUAAGUCCUUAACGGGCAAUACAUUCAUCCUCAUAUCAGAGAUGCCCACUUCAUUUGGCGUCGACAGAGGUUUGUUGACAUUGAAACAGGCAAUACUUAAAUUUGGACCUACAACUGUAUAAGGAAGCAUGCCAUCUCAAAGCAAGGAGACGUAAGGAGCGUGCAGUUGCUGAAUCAGGAGACGGAACGCUCUCGUAACUCACAGCCAUACGAAUACAUGCAAACCAAUUAGAUGAGAAAAUGAAUUCUCUGGAGGUGAACAUUAGAUUUCAGAGCCGACGUAUGGUAAGAGAUGGAGCCGAUACAGAUCAUCAGCAGACAGAAUGUUUCUCCGUCGUAAAAUGUGACAACAGAGCGUGUGAGAGCGACACCUGCUAAUGAUAUUUUACAUAGUUGUGGUGGUGGUAAUUUCUUUCACAUUUAAUUAUAAUUAAUGAACGUGGCACGUUUUUAUUUCAUGUUUACAUUUCAAAAUGUAGAAAAAAAAAAAAAAAGAUUAUUUGAAAACAAUUGGUUCUUUUGUAAGAUAAUCUGUUCUUGAUACUGAUUUAGGGUUUUUGUUGAGAGGUUUUCAAAAUGUCGUUGUUCGUGCCUUUGAGUUACAAGUGUGUGGACGUCUUUUUUCCCCAUUCUUCUGUACUACAACUGACUUGCAUUUUAUCAUAGACUAAGAAAGUAUACCUGUGUAGCCUUUCAGAAUCAAUGUGUCGUUCUUCCGUCGACUUAGAGAUGUGUGUUGUUGUGAGUGACUUGGUUUUUCUUGGUCUCAUGAAAGAGUAUUAUUUAUUUAACCACUGUCCAACAGGCUAAAACUGGUCUACUGAGAUAAGUGUUAAUAUUCAUGCCUGAAGUAUCUCACCUCGCAUUUCAAGCUCCACAUCGAGAUGGUCAAACGCAAGAUUGGUUCACGUACUCGUACCUCCAUUUUAAAAAUAGAACUGCCUUAAGCAGACUAAAUCUGAGCACUUCUUUUUACAAAGUGUGCUGCACACUGAAAUGUAAGGUCUGAUUGCAGGCCUUCUGGAUGUAAAAGACGUCUCAUUGAGAAGAUUUUAACUGGACCUUUUUUUUCUAUUCCAGCUGGACUAGUCAGUUUUUCUUGCAGAUGCUCCUUACCCUUCGCCUGAUGUCCUGGAUAUUCAGAUACUGUAAAAAUAAUGACAUUUAUUUGUUUUUUCGAUGAUUAGUACGUAUCACAUUUCUACGGUUAUUGGGUGAAUCUCACGAAAACAUGUCACCCAAAAAGCAGAAGAAAAAAAGACAACUGAAUGAAAAACAUUAAGCCUCCUAUCGCCAUUACCAUAAUGCAAAAAAAAAAAAAAAAAAAUCAUUACCGUAAUACGCAAUAAAUAAGUAUUUAUACAUCAUGGUUGUAUUUAAUACUAAUUUUAACAAAAAAAAUUAUAAUAAAAAUAAUUAUAUCACAAAAAAAUGCAGUUAUACAGUAAAAAAUCAUGUGCUAGUUACAAAAAAAAUCAAAAUUAAAACUGUCAUGAGAAUGACGUCGCAAUGCAAAAAAAGGUUCUAAAAUGAGGCUUCAUCUUUUUUAUGCAAAAUGUGAUUUUCAUUGUUCUGAUUUUGAUGUGAAACGUGACAUAUUUUCAUGAGAUUCACCCUAUUACCGUGUCUGUCUUUUGUAGACAAACCCCUUCUGAUGGCUGGACUGUCUCUGCCACAAUCUAUGCUCUGUCCCACCUGCUGUGUGACAGUCUGUUCGUCUGCACUCUUUGUUCAGCCAUGUUUGGUGCAUCCCAUAGUACUAUAAGAUCUGGUCAUCAGAUGCCAAAAUGAUUCUUUAAUCACUUCUAACUGCAUGUUUAGCUGUAUACACACUCAUUUAAAGCAGAUUGGCACACAUGUGUUAAAUUCCCAAUCACAACAAGGAGAUAUGCUAAAGCCUUUCUAGAAGUUACAGACCGGUACCUGAUGUAAUUAUUCUGCAUCUCUCCCAUUAGUUUGCUGUACUCAGCACCAUGUGCGCCCCCCUGCACAGACAUGUCAAGUGCACUGCUUUUGUGCCAAUGACUCCCUGACAGGUCACCCUGUGCCAAUCACUGGACUGCGCAAUCGGGCCUUGUCACGCCAAGGUCAUGAGCCAGAUGGAUUUAAAUUGCAAUAUCGCAAAUGUGCCCACUCGAGCAACAAAUGUAAAGCCACUUGAGCAAGCAAUUAUCUUGUGCUUUGUUUCGAAACAUCUCAGUUAUUGUUACCGUUCAUUAGGCGAGUAGGCCAGUUUUCAGCAGAUGUUUUUAUUACUGCAUCAGUGGACACCAUGCGCACCCACUAAUAGAGUUCCAGUCCUUGCCAACCAAGAGCUCUAUUAGAUUAUUGCAGUAAUAUAUUAUUGAUAGUUCGUCCAUGGAUGGAACAUGAAAACUGUGUCAGACAGACGAUACACAGAGGCCUGCAAUCCAUUAGCGUCGUACUGGAAUUUCUUUGCCCGUUUUGACUUUGAGAGAGACAACUGGUUGACUUCUGACUAUUUAAGUUUGUGUUUGUUGUGUUCAUGUUUAGAGUGUGAAAAGGUUAAAUCACUGACUGUGUCCUUACUUUCAAAAGUCGGCAGACUCUAAAAUGCAAGGGCGUAGAUGACCGUGUGACAGUUGAAUACUAUCCUUGUUUGGACUGUGAGCUGAAAGCUGCAGCUCUCAUGUAGACAUGUUACCAUUAAAGGAACAAACAAACAAAGAAAAGAAAAUUGAUUAUUUUCAGACUGGGUACUUAGUAAAGGCCCUCAUCAGCCAAAGCUUCAUUUACAAGACAUUACCGCCCCUCACGGGCCUUUACAUGCAUAAAUGAAUGUGACAUUUAAGACAGAGAGAAUGUCACGAGAGGUUUUGGACGCCUGUCUCACCAUUUCUCUCGAAUGAAACUACAACCUUUCUCAACAUAUCAAGGAAGUGAAAGCCUCCCAAUGCCAUCCACUGUUGAUGUACAAAAAGACAGAAAACCGAGAAAAAAAAAGAAAAAAAAAAAGUGUUUAUCAUCACUUAUCUCAAAGACCCUUCUCUAAACUGUUGUCUCCUUUGGGACAGCCAUGUUGUUUCAACAGCAUAACCCCAAGAGAGAGCCAUAAAGCUGAAUUAUUUUUGUUUGUUUGUGAUAACCAGCCCUUAAAAACAUCAUUUCACCUUUUUUGCUGAUCAGCACACACUAUCUAGGCCAAACACAAAUGAAACGAUAUACAAUGGUGGUCUAAAACAACACAAAAUCAGAGCAAGAUGAUACUAUACUGUGUUAUAUCUGAAAUAUCUGUAUUGUAAACAUCUCUGUAUAAUGUGUUUUAAGAUUGUUUUAAGAAAUACUGGGGCAAAUACGUGUGGAUUUCUUUAGGAAGGAUCUCUUCUGUUUAUUGAUGUGUUGGAUUGUGUUUUGUAAUUGAGUUCCAUUGCCCAGCCAAGGUGUAGAUGCUCUUCUCUCUCUCUCUCUCUCUCUCUCUCUCUUUCUUUCAUAUAAAGAAUUAUGCCUUCUCCAACUGCAAUCCAGCUGGAAUCAAUGAAAUACUUGAUAAAGAAAAAACAAUGUGCCUCAUCAGGGGCUUUAGGAUUUUAAGAUCUCACUUUUUAAGAAGUGUGCAUACCUGCAUAAAGUAGUUAGCUAGAAUAAUCUAUGUGUACGUAUUACAAAUGCAUCAUCAUCAUCAUCAUCAUUCUAGUUUUUAUUGACACGCAUUAAUGGUACCUGUUUUAACUAUAUCUUCACGACUUCAGUCAUGUUACGGUGUGUUUUGACAAAGCCGUCAAUGGUAGUUUGAGUUUGAUCAUUAGCGUUACUCGGUUCCUUACCUUACAUCGUGAAGUCUGUCAUCGCAUGAAAUUAAAAUAAUCUAAAUAAUCUACAUCAUAGUUUGUGCAGUUAGUGGUUUAAGAUUAAAAAAUUACUUAAUCUAUAUAUCUAUAUAUCAAUAUACACAUUUGUAUGUAUUACAAUGAUAGAUUCAUUGUUACCUAUGAUAGUAAGUUCUUGUUGCUAUGGCAACAAAACUACAACAUGGCUACCUUUGUAUAUCUUAAUUGUGAAUUUUUUCACACUUCAAGUGAAAUAAUGUACAACGUUAACUUAUUCAGAAAGGGAAUGUGUUCUUAAGUUGUCUUGGAAAAAGAGAUGAUUGACUAUUUUGUAAAAAAAAAAAAAAAAAAUUAUAUAUAUAUAUUAUACGUAUAUAUAUAUAUAUAUAUAUAUACAGACUUGUGAGAUACUUUAUGUCCAAAGGCCCUUUGGAGACAUCAUACGUUAUUUCUGUUGUAAUGAUUAUUAUUUUUCUAUUGGGGUUGCUGAUCACUUUUAGAUCUUUACUUAAACAGCAUUUGAGCUUUUGAACCAAUCUGAUGGAUCAAUUUGGGGGGGAAAGACUUUCCAGUCUCGUAUUUGGUUCAAAAAGGGCUGGCGAUGCAUCCGCAAUGGUGCGUUCUGGUUUUUAUAAAUAGCGCAGCCCUGUGAUGUCAGAAACGGGACGGUAUCAGCCACAGUGAGCCCCUGAUUUAAGUCUCUGUCCCCCUCUGGCCCGCCCAGACUGCACCCCAGCUGUGCUGGGACCUGGUGACUCGCGUCGCCCCAUUGGUGUACGAAUGUGUGUUAUUCACCUUGUUUGCACUUAUGUACAUAACUGAGUCAAAAUAUUCAGAAUUUAUUUUGAAUAUACAUAGAUGAAUAAAUAUAUAUAUAUAUAUAUGUGUAGAAGAGCAGAUUCAAAUCAAAUGUCUGUAUUGUUCGGGAUACAGGUAAACAGUUAAAGAGAUAGAAGCUGUUUUGCCGGGGUGUCGCGGAGAAAUUUGUUGUUUGUUCUGUUUGCUAAUGCCCUCGUUCUCAUCGUUAAGCAUGAUGUUGCAUUUUGCGAAAGAAAAAAUGAUGUCAAAAAAGGCUUUGUAGUUUUGCGUAGCUUACAAAAGCACGUCGCUUGCGUCUGAUCCCGAGGUGCGGUCGAGUCCAGAAACCAAAGAACGGCCAACUCGAUUCUCACAGUUUUGUUUUCCGUGUAGUCCCAUUAGAUGCAAUGUAAAACGGGGGUGUGAUAACAGGAAGGGCAGCACGGGGCGCAUAAAGAGCACCUCAGGAUCAGACUGCAGCUGGAAAGCAUUGCUGCAGGUUAUACAAAAUACCGAAGUUUUCAGUUUUCCUUUUGGUUUGGUUGUUGACGGACAUUUUCCAUUCUUGUGCAUUCACUAAGAACAACAAAUAAAGCUGAAAAUCUCACAGGAUAUCCUCAAACAAAUUGCUUCAAAAUCCCACGUGAAAUCGCCAGACAAAACCCUCUGUUGAAGAAAACUUGUACAUUCUGUGCUCUACAGUUGCUUUGGAAGCCAAUAAUUUUGUUGCCAUGGCACUUGCCCUAAUAGUGAGGGAGAGACCGAGUCUUUUUGUAGGUUCUUGCAUAUAGACGCACCUUUGGACCAAUUGAAUAUGGUCCUCAGCCUUUUGACUGUAAAGCUGAGGUAGCACUUAGGACUUAGCAUAGACUAAGGUUCCCAAUGCGAAUGCAACUACACGGGACGUUCCUUUUACCACUGUGCUUGACAGAGAAAAUCAACAAACACUCUUCUGCUGUCCAUUAUCCUGUGCCUAAACAUUCAGUGUGAUGUGAAAGGACUGGUCUGUAAAGAAAGCCAUUGAGGUUAGACUUCCACCUAACUGUGCCCUACAUUCAGUCACGUCAUCGUCAUUUCUGUGACUGGAACACUAAUGUCAUUGGUUCGUGUUAACGUGUAGAAGUCACCGAGACCGGAGCAUCACAUUAAUGUUGUACAAAGCUGUAUAGUUUCAAAUGAAAUCGCUUGUUGAUGCAGAGGUUAUGUCCCUUUAAAGGCAUCUGCUGAUGCCUCUGUAAAUGCUAUUAUGUGUGUGGAACCGUUCAAAGAAUGUCUACAUUGUUUCAAAGCCAUAUGUAAUAGAUUCCUCUCUCUCCCACUGUAGGACAAGAUAAAACUGAAUGCUUUGACUCUUUAUAUGAAAUGCUUCUCUUUCUAUUUAGCUUAUCGUGCUUGUAUGUGCUUCAAGAACUGUGUUUCUUGUCAAUCCCUUUGCAAUAUAUAAAUGUAUGGAAUAUAUACAUACUUAAGACUUAUGUUCUUUUUGUUUGAUUUUAAUAAAGCACUUAAAAGGCAA